AUGAACUCCACCAUCGAGCACAACACCCAGUGGGACUGGCCCUUGCAGCCAGGCGACGGCGUUGUUACCGUGAGUUUUUUCUAUUCUUCUAUUUAUACAUGGGAAAAUUCGGUUGGUCAUCAACCAAAUCCGCUAUUUAUCCGAGCCUAAGGGAGAAUACAAAAGUUCAAUUUAUUUAAAUGUUAAUUUUCUUUAAUUUUUUUUUCUCAGAAAUAUAGAAUUUUCAAACUUUGGGUCUCUCUGAUCCAUAUAAAGAUUUUCAAGCUCUACCCCUAGUUUUUUUUUUGAACCACGAAUCCUUGCAUGGCUUUAAAGUGAGCCGACAAAAAUAAAACGAAAUAUCAGCACGAUAAUAAAAUAGGUUUUCUUUUCCAUGUUUUAUGGAUAGAAUCUUGUUUUAUCAUCCUUAAAAAAGGUUUUCGACGACGACUACCACUUCGAAGUGGGGCUUGAGGCGCACUGCUUUACUCCCAAAGAGAUAGAAGUGAAAGCGAUCGGCGAAGUCCUGGAGAUCCAUCUGGAACACAAGGCGCGCGAGGAUCAGCUCGGAAACGUCAGCCGAAGCAUCACGAGGCCAUUUUCGUCUCUCUUCUCAAGAACUCGGGGUCUUUCAGAUGCUACAAGUUGCCGAAGAAUGUGGACAUGAAAUCAAUCAAGAGCAACCUCGACAACCAAGGCGUUCUCCACAUUCGAGGAAAGAAAACCCAUUAG